GAAAUCACUUAAGUUACCGUGAAAAAUUCAAAUCCUUAUUCCCAAACCAAUUCGAAAGUGAAAUAUCUAGACUAUCUAACACAGCCAUAUCCCAAGAACUCCGCACCUCUAACGCCUAUAGAGAAAUCAUAAACAACAUUUUAAAUCAAUUAAAUAACAAAAAACUUCACGAGCUAAUCCUUCAUCAAUUAAUCUCACUAGAACGUAAAACACCAUCCAUUGACCCACAUCACGUACUAACACUUGAUAAAGAUCAAUACAAGACCUAUGACAUUCUUUCGUCAAGACACCAAUUUCCACUACAGAACGCUUUUGCCCUCACUAUCCAUAAAAUUCAAGGACUAAUCUUACCUCAUAUGACAAUAAAUGUCGAUCAAAAAAUAUUCGCAGAAGGGCAAGUCUACGUUGCGAUGAGUAGAGCUCCCAC